CGACCUGAGAUUUCCUAAACAUUUAUUAGUCUUUAGCGCUCUUGUUUUCAGGCCAGUUCAGUUCAACCAAAUCAUGAAUAACGAUUUCAGCACCCCCACCGCGGAUUAUGUGUUGCCGCCGUUAUUAGACGCAACACUUGAUGAGUUGCGAACCGGGCUAGACGCUGGCCACUUCACCAGCCUUCAGCUUGUUCAAGCUUAUAUUCGUCGAAUCCAGCAAGUCAACCCCCUAUUGGAAGCCGUCACCCAAAUCAAUCCUGACGCCUGUGUGAUUGCUAUUCGACUUAAUAAUGAAAGGAAUCAGAUAAGAAACUGUGCGCGAAUCUCCGAUCUCGGGCCCCUUCACGGCAUUCCAAUCUUGCUCAAGAAUAGUAUUGCAACAGCCGACCAUCUGCAAACGACAGCCAGUUCGUACGGCUUAAUGGGAGCCCGCGUUCCUGAAGACAGCACGGUAGUGGAAAAGCUGCGUGACGCUGGAGCCAUUAUCCUUGGGAAAACGAGGACUCAGUGGUCUACCCUCCGUGACGACAGCUAUGGCAGCCAUAUAGAUAAAUGGACCCUACAUGGAAGCCAAACGAAAGGCGCAUAUUUCGAGGGGCAGAUCCCAAAGGGCUCUUCUGGCGGCUGCGCAGUGGGAACUUCAAUUGGCCUUGCGUGGGCAUCUUUGGCCACUGACACUGACGGUUCCAUCAUCAUGCCAGCAAGCCAUAGCAACGUCGUUGGCUUCAAACCGACAGUUGGACUAACGUCGCGGCAUCUGACGAUUCCUCAGGCGUUGAGACAAGAGUCAGCCGACACGUUGAGGCUCGAGUCGGUUGGCACGAUGACCCGAACCGUGAAGGACGCGGCGUAUUUGUUGAAAGCCAUCAUGGGGCGAGAUAGGAAAGAUCCGUACACUGCUCGAAUUCCCUUUAAUAUUUAUCCAAACUAUGUAGCGGCAUGCAGGGAAGACGGCCUGCAAGGAAUGAGAAUCGGCUUCUUGCGAUCGCUGGCGUGGUUUUUUCAAGUCUGUACCUACGACUUGCCAAUAGAAAAAUUCAACCAGGCCUUGGAUGUGAUGCGCAGAGCGAAAGCCACAAUAGUCGAUGGCAUCGUGCUUAACGGAGCUGUCAAUACGGACCUGGAUGGCACGCAUCAUCGUCGUUGUGCCCUUGAUUUCUCGCUCGAUUUUCCCAGGCACCUCUGCAAUUUGAAAGAGACUCCCCCUGAUAUUUAUUCAUCGGUUGACUUGCGUGAAUUUGCGCGAAGAAUCCCAAAGGAACAAUACCCUUCUUGUCAAACGAACACUUGCAAGGAAGACCCCAAGAUGAACAAGGACGAGAAGCCGGCAAGCCAAGAGCCGCCUGAGCAUGAGCAGGGAUACUUGGACGAACUAGGCCUCUUGACUGCCUUUGAGAAAUUCGAGCUUGACGCCCUUGCCACAUGGCCGCACAUAGCUGCCACGCUGUGCUCGCGGGUGGGUAGCAUUUGUGCUGUCACCGUGCCGUUUUCAAAGCUGGGCCCAGAAAGACCCAUCAUUCCGAGCGAUGACGGCUCGAUUGACUCGGCCCCUAAUAAACCGUAUGGCAUUUCUUUCAUCGGGACCAGCUUUCAGGAAGAGAAGUUGUUUAAGAUAGCUUACGCCUUUGAGCAGCUGACCCAAGCGCGUAAGAAGGUCCGCCCAAUCGUCGCUCCGAGGACUGAGCUGGCAGACUUUUUGGUACACCGAGGUUAAUGAGCUUCUUGCGAUACGAGUACACCGUUAACCCGGUAUCGAUCAAAGUGGUUCUUUCUUUCGGCAACAAAAGUCUCGGGUGGUGUGGCCGGCUAGUUUUGCUUGACUUUGAUGAACGCGAGUUUUGGCUUGAUAGAGAUGGUACAGUUGUUUAACUGUAUGCAUAGCAAAAGGUAAAGGCGGGGAUGCUAGGAAUUAUCGGAGAUUAGUUAGCAAUUAUUUAUGGGCGAGUAUACGAAUAUCUUGACAUGCGGCAAGAUGGCGUGCGAAUUGGCUGUGAUUUCACCUCCUUUGUAGGGUAGGAGGAUUUGAAUUGAGUGUUUGUAACCAUUGUCCUUGACAUAAAU